UCUUUCUUCUUCUUUAAAUUUUAAAAAAUCAAACAUUCAAUGGCAAGUCUAGUUGGUUGGUGGGUUAAGAAGUAAAAAGAAUAUAUGUUUUGUUUGUAGCUUUGAAGAAACUAUAAGAAAAUAGACUUGAAAGAAAAGGGCCUUUUUUUAAGCACUUGGUGGGAUUGUUGUUGGAGACUUGAAGUUAUUGGAGUUUUGGUUGGUGUUCUUGCUUUGGAGUUCUUCUGCAACCAUGAAGAUUCUUAUAUCUGCUUCUGCACUGUCGAAUCCUGCAAGUCGGUCGUGCCUCUUCACUCUGUUUGUUGCAGUUUCUUUGAUCUGCGGUGCAUUCUUUGUUGGCAACAUUGCGAAGGAUCACAAGGAAAAAAUAAUGAGAUGGGGACUGAUUAAUAACAUGCAGAAAGCUAGCUCUAAUGCUUGCAAGAACCAAUGCAGGCCUCAUGGAACCGAGGCAUUGCCGCAAGGAAUUGUUGCCAAAAUGUCAAACUUGGAAAUGCAGCCUUUGUGGAGCUCCACUAUGAAACGUAAAAAUCCGAAGUCAUCAAUGAACUUGUUAGCCGUUGCGGUUGGCAUUAAGCAAAAAGAAAUUGUCGAUAAAAUUAUUAGAAAGUUUCCUCCAAAAGAUUUCGUUGUUAUGCUUUUCCAUUAUGAUGGUGUUGUGGACGAAUGGAAAGAUUUAGCAUGGGCCGAGCGUGCCAUUCAUGUAUCUGCCGUGAAUCAAACUAAAUGGUGGUUUGCGAAACGUUUCUUGCAUCCAGACAUUGUUGCCGAAUAUGACUAUAUAUUUCUCUGGGAUGAGGACAUCGGCAUUGAGAAUUUUAAUCCUAGACGAUAUAUAUCCAUUGUUAAAGAAGAGGGGCUCGAAAUAUCUCAGCCAGCCCUCGACCCUGUUAAGUCAGAGGUGCAUCAUCAGAUCACUGCACGUAGAAGAAAUUCAAAAGCUCACAGGAGAAUGUAUAAGUUUAAAGGCAGUGGAAGGUGCGAUGACCACAGUACGGCUCCUCCAUGCAUCGGAUGGGUGGAAAUGAUGGCACCUGUGUUUUCAAGAGCUGCAUGGAGAUGUUCAUGGUAUAUGAUCCAGAAUGACUUGAUCCAUGCUUGGGGCCUGGAUAUGCAGCUCGGCUAUUGUGCACAAGGUGAUCGAACCAAGAACGUCGGUGUGGUUGAUUCGGAGUACAUUGUCCAUAUGGGCCUUCCAACGCUUGGUGUCACAACCGAACAUGAGUUGAACCCUGUUGGACAAGCUCCAUCGAAUCAGGACCAGUUGUCAAACCCAGAAGCACUGCCACCAUCUUCAUACCGCAGAUUUGAUAACAGACCAGAGGUGAGAAGACAGUCCUUCAUUGAAAUGCAAAUCUUCAGAAAAAGAUGGAGAGUCGCCGUGGAGGAGGAUAGAUGUUGGGUCGAUCCAUAUUGGCCAUUUUUAAACGAAACUAGUCAUUAAUCUAUUUAUCAUGCAUUCAUCCAAUCAUUCAGAAGGUCACUCGACACAUUCCGAACAUACAGAUUACCAUGUAUACAAAUUCCAUUCUUUUGGUGACGCCAAACACAUUCGAAUUGUGGAAAUGCAGGUGACUUCUUAUGCUUGAAGGGGGUAAUUGCUUCAUUCUUUCUUUAAAUUAUUAGAAAAUAUCUUCAAGGCAAUUAAAGAACAAAGGAGAUGUGAAAACUUGGCUUCUUGUUCGUGGAUUCCUUGUGGAUACAAAUGUAAAUCUUGUUUUGCAGAUGUGGCUUUAUUGUAAAUAUAUAACUUUUGUGGGUGUAUGUGAAAUUAUCCUAAUUUUGGUGUUUUAUUUAAUGAAGAUAGAUUUUUAUUUUUAAA